GCAUACCCCAUACAACAACUUGUUAAAAUAUAGAAAAAAGAGAUCACCAUUUCAAUCUUUUUCAAAAAACCAAGAACAGUAAAAGAAAACCAGCCUCUGCAAAACCGCCAUAAACACCAUUAUUCCAUAGAAAAAAACCAAGGGGUUUUCGACAAUAAUGGUAUAAUCGUACCACAAAUACCCAGUGUGAAAAAGAAGUUGGGUGAUAUUUAGCUUUCAAAAAACGUACACUUUCACAACCAGGGUCAGCUCUGCCACACGAAGGAAGCAACAACAACAACAACGAGAGGACCCCUACCACCACCUUUUUCACCUUCCUGAAAUCAAGCGAGUCUCUGUGUGUCUCCGCGUGUGUGUGUUUUUUUCUUCACCGUACUUAGCUGAAAGAUCUUAUUGUUCUUUUUUUUUUUUUGAUUUGAUCCUUUUUCUUAUGUUGAAACGUACUAGAAAAAGGAAAAAAAAUUACCCAACUUGUUCUUAUAAUUUAAGCUAGGGCUUUUGUUUUUUUUCUUGAAAAGAGGGGUUUUUGGAUCUGAUUUGUGAGGUUACUGGUUAGGGUUUUUUUUGUUUGUUUUUGGUUUUUUCAUGCAAAAACAAGGGGAACCCAUGUCUUGAAUGUCUGGUUUUGUAAUAAUAGAUAAGGUUUUGGGGGACCUUUUGUUUGUAUAUGAACUAGAUUUCGGGGGUUUCUUUGUCAUUGGAGAGAUCUAUCAAACAAACAAGGAAAGGUAACAAAGCAAAUCCCAUAUCGAUUUUGAAUUUUAUUGCUUUUUUUGAUUCUUCUUUGUUGUUUUUGGCUUGAAAAAAACAUGGCUUGGUGGGCUGGUAAUGUAGCAAUGAGAGGUGGUAUUGGUUCAAUACCUUCUUCAACCCCAUCUCUUCAUCUUAGAAACCCAUCUGAAGAUCAUCAAAUGGCUGUUUUUAGAGCUAAUAUUCGUCCUUCAAAUGAAGAUCAUCAUCAUCAACAAGAAGAUAACAAUGAAGAUAGUAGAGAUAAUGUUGAACCAGAUGACCAAACCCAAGGUGUUGAAACCAUUGAACCUGGUUCAAGUUCAGGUUCUCGUCGUCCUAGGGGUAGACCACCUGGUUCAAAAAACAAGCCUAAACCACCUGUUGUUAUUACAAAAGAAAGCCCUAAUUCACUUCGCAGCCAUGUCCUUGAAAUCGCUAGCGGCAGUGAUAUUGCUGAGUGUAUUGCUAAUUUUGCUCAGCGCCGCCACUGUGGUGUUUCGGUUUUAAGCGGCAGUGGUGUUGUCAUCAAUGUUACCCUCCGCCAACCAGCUGCUCCUAGUGGUGUGAUUACUUUACAUGGAAGAUUCGAGAUUUUGUCUUUAUCCGGUGUGUUUUUGCCUACACCGUCACCACCGGGUGCGACGGGGAUCACGGUGUAUUUAGCCGGUGGGCAAGGGCAAGUGGUCGGAGGGAGUGUCGUCGGGGUUUUGGAAGCGUCGGGGCCGGUGAUGGUCAUCGCGGCGACAUUCACCAAUGCGGUUUACGAGAAGUUGCCUAUCGAGGAAGAAACUAGCGGAGAAGGCGGUGGUGGCGGUGGUGGCAGCGAGCAGAAUAACAACAAUAGUAGUAAUGACGGUGGUGAUGGGAAUUCAGGGUCUCAAUCUCAAGAUCAACACCACCAAGGGGGUUCAAUGCCUAUGUAUAAUUUGCCUCCAAAUUUGAUGCAUAAUGGACAAAUGCCACACGAUCUGUUUUGGGGACCUCCACCGCGGCCGCCCCCGUCUUAUUAACCCGAAAGCAGCCUGGUUUUUGGUGCAAAAAAUUGUUAAGGGGUUCAUUUUUUUUCCAUGUAAGAUUAGUGACAAAAGGUAGGGCUUUUUUUAUUAUUAUAUAUAUAUAUAUAUGUUUAUAUAGUUUCUUAUCUUUUGUAGAACUUAGUUAAACUUUGUUUUGGGGUGUAGCAAUGUAUCUCUUUUUGAUGAAUUAGGCAAACAAAAUGAAGUUUCUCCCCCUAUUGAACAAAUUGUUUUUGGUUAGUGAUUUUUUUAUAUUUUUAACACAAUUUUAUGAAUUUUUUGGUAGAAGAUUGAAUUUUGAUGAUGUAGGAAAAAAAGAGAAAAGAUUGAAGAAUUGAGUUGAAGAAUUGCAAGGAUGUAUGAUAUUCAUAUAUCAUUCUAUA